AUGGGCGACGAAGCGGAACAAUCAAACUUUCAAACUUUUGCGCAAUGUUGCCCCCAGCCGCCUGUCAAAGCUCGAACGAAGCGGGCCACAACCUGCGAUCACUCUUGGAGUGGAGAUGGUGAGCUAUUUAGUUUAAGCCUGAGAAAUUCUCCACACGCAGCCCCUGAGAAGAAGGCUGUGAUUUCAAAGACAGCCACAACAGCCAGAAACAAAGGGAGGAAGAAAACUGGAGAUAGGGCUGGACCGCGGGACCCGAAGGUUUGUCUCAUGCGCGGAUUCCCGUUUGUCGGGUUUAGCGCAGUCGCUGAGAACUGUUCGGCCGAACAAUACAACAUCGCAAGCAGCGCAGCAUGCAUCCUAGACGCGUUCGUGCGGGGAGGUCGAAACUGGGCCGAACAGCAGCCAGCAGCCGAGAGUCCUGAGGCACGCCAAAGAGCAGCAACUACGCAGUAUGAGAGAGAUACAUUCGUUAUUUGGUAUUGCGCCGCUGAGCUUGCCAGAGUACAGAAGGAUGGGGCCAUCAAUCUUGCUCCAGUUUACCUAUUUUUGUACAGUAGUUACCAGACCAGCCUGGUAAUCCAUUCCACGAUUGCGAAGGGAAAUUCCGCGACCCAACAUGCUUGCUUCAUAUUCCGCUCCCCUGAAGUUUAUAUUUCCACGCCUUGCAAUCAUCUUCUAGCAUUGAGGCCCCUCAGUUCAAGCCUAUCUCAGAAGGUCAUUCAUUAUUCGCCUUACAGUGCUAAAUGGAAAUUGGGGAGGCUCAACCGCCUUGACCAUAGCAGGUCCCGGUCCCAUGGAAUGAAAUCUACAUGGUUGAAACGGAGCAAUGACGAGGAGUGUUUAGAAGACGCUACGGCGUCAAAAUUAUUCUCCGUACAUGCAAUGGCCAUAAGCAACGAAUUCAAUCCAUAUGAGGCACAGAAGAUUGGCAUUUGGUUCCAGCCCGAUGUCGUCGACUAAAACCUACUCCGUACAGUAGGUAGUGCAUACAAGUCCGUCGUGAUUUCAAAUCUUUUCGGUCACACAGUUAGUUACCCCACGCAAAAUUCCAGGUAUUGCAACGAAAGCGGGCAAUUCUG